AUGGAAGCCACUCUUGGGGGUGUUUCCAAAGGCUUCCUGAACCUGAGUGACCCAGCAGAAGCAAACAGCUACUGGGCUAUGAACUUGACUUCCACUCUCUGCCUGACUUCCAGCCUCCUGAAGGCCUUUCCAGAACGCCCUGACUUGAGCAGGACUGUGGUUAACAUCUCAUCCCUCUGUGCCUUGAAGUCCUUUAAGGGCUGGGCAUUGUACUGUGCAGGGAAGGCUGCUCGUGACAUGAUGUUCCAGGUCCUGGCUGCAGAGGAACCUAGUGUGAGGGUGCUGAACUAUGCCCCAGGUCCCCUGUACACAGACAUGCAGCUGUUGGCUCGGGAGGCUUCAGUGGAUCCAGACUUACGAAAAAGGCUACAGGAUAUGAAGACAAAUGGGGAGCUGGUAGAUUGCGGGAUGUCAGCCCAGAAGCUCCUGAACCUACUUCAAAGAGACACAUUUGAUUCUGGAGCCCAUGUGGACUUCUAUAGUUUAUAG